AUGGAGGAUGGACCACUUGACGCGGUGACCAUCUUGCGACUCAAAACGGGAAACGAUGACGGGACGCUGCCAAUGGACAGGCUCAUCGUUUUCGAUAACGAAAAUCACAGCAAAUCAUUCGAAAAUGCCACGCCAACAACAGUCGAGAAACUCGAUGGCAGCUCUAUGCAGUACCUGGCCGAGUUCAUGAUCCACUACGACCAAAUGUGUCAUGUGCACAUUGGUACCACAGCAAAAUCAGUAAAUCUUGCAUCCUUCCUCUUUUUCCAUAUACUUAUCAAAAUCGAAAUGACAGAUGAGUGA